AUGCGCUUCACAUCACUUGCCAUUGCUUUCCUCGCUUGCGCCCUCGUGGUGUCUGGCAAUGUGAUUCGUGAAAAGAGACAGUGUGGAUGUGCACAGCCGCAGCAAAGUCAGUGCUCGUGCCAACAGGUUCAACAGACUCAAUCAUGUUCGUGCCAAUCUGCUCCAGUUGUUCAACAAGCGGCCCCAGUUCAACAACAACAACCGCAACAAUCCUGCUCUUGCGCUCAACCACAACAGACUCAAACCGUUCAAGUCCAAGCUACUCAAUGCGCCCCAGCUUGCCAGCAAAGCUGCACCCAACAGUGCCAGGCUGCUCCAUCAGUUUCCCAGUGCCAACCACAAUGCCAACAACAAUGCCAGGCUCAAUGUUCUCCAUCGGUUGCUACCACCACUACCACCCAAGCCCCACAAGUAGUCCACAUUCAGCUCCAGGUCCAACAAGUUCAACAAGCUCAGGCCCAAUGCCAACCACAAUGUCAGCAACAAUGUCAGUCCUCAUGUGCUCAACAACAGCAACCAGCCAGUCAAUGCAACUCUGCCUGCAGCAAUCAAUGCUCUGAUAUGUGCCAACAGAAUGCCCAAGCUCCUCAACAAAUCCAACAGGUUCAACAAGUCCAACCAACCAACACUCAGAUGUACAACCCAUACAACAACAACAACCAAGGAUCCCAAUCCUGUGCUCCAGCUUGUCAACCAGCCUGUGACAACUCAUGCACUUCCCAACAAGCUCAACCAGCUGCUCCAAUGUACAACCCAUACCAGGACACCACCACCCAAGCUCCAGCCUCAUCCCAAGCUGUCAUUCAAAUCGUCCUUCAACGUUCAAUGGCUGAAUCCUCCCAAUGCGCUCCACAAUGUGAGCAAUCCUGCCAGCAACAGUGCGUCCAACAACAGCAGCCAGCCGCUCAAUGCCAGACAGCCUGCCAGGAUUCGUGCUCCAGCUCCUGCCAAGCAGCACAGCCAGCAACUACAUCUUGCCAACAGGCUCCAGCUAGCAGCCCAUCCAACUCGUGCUCCUGCCAAGCUAACUAUUCUCCAUGUGGAAACGGACAAUGCUGCAAAAGAAAGUGA